AUGAGUGGAUCCAGGACAUCUUCAAGCUCGGCAGGCGCUUCUAAGACCACAAAGGUCAGGGAGCCCAGGAUGCAGGAUCAGGGGUUCCCCAUAUCUACAAUAGGACAGGGCCAAGGCCUACUUCUGGGACAGGCAACUCCGCAAGCUCAAUCGGAGGCACGCCGAUCUCAAGAGACUUCCGAAGAGUUGCUGGGUCACAAAGAGGAGAAGAAAUCAAGCAUGCGGUCCGCCCUCUCUAGCAUUAAAGAUAAAGCAAAGCGGUUCUCUUUCUCGUCCUCCUCGAGCAAGGACAAUACUGCACUCCCAGAGUCUGAGGCAGAGGCUGAGAAGGCGAAGGCGAAGGAGGUCGAGGAAGACAAAAGGAGGACUGAAUGA